AUGGCUAAUGAAAGGAGUACUAUAACUAGUGAUAAUGGUGAUGAGAGACCUUGGUCAGAUCUCAACCAUGAUUUGCUUCUUUUAGUUAUGAUGCAACUUGGAGUCAUUGAUUUCCUUGCAUUUAGUGGAGUUUGUAAGCCAUGGAGAUUAAUCGCAUUAUCUAACAAGAACAAGUUUCUGGUGUCCAGACCACCCAUGUCCUUAUCUUUCUCUACCAAUGCUAAUGAGACUGAGUGUUGCCUUGAGGACUUUGAAGGAAGAAAAUUCAAAACCAUUGUUCCCCAUUCUGCUGAAAGGACAUGUAUUGGAGUAACUUGUGGUUACUUGAUCUUGUUUGGUGUGAAACCCCGUGACUUUUGGCUUGUUAAUCCGAUCACAAGACAUGAACUUCAUUUCCCUAAUGUCCCCUUUAAUUACAGUUAUGUCUGUAAAAUAUGCAGGGCUAUCCUUGUCUUUUCACCUUCAUUAUCUAAGUGGGUGUUUGUUUUCUUAAUCAAAUCCUAUGGUAAAAUAUGGUUUUCUAUAGCUGAUAAACGAGAAUGGACUCAUGUCUCCAACAUUUCCUACAUCUGCGAUUUAUAUGCUUUCAAGGGGAAGGUAUAUACCUUACACGAUCAUUAUAGUGAUUAUAGUAUAAGUGAACUGAGGCUAUAUCCAACACCCAAAUUGACGUUACUUGAAAGUAUUGAUUUUCAGAAUCCAUUUUUUCAACGUCCCUUGUUUGUAAGUUCAGGUGAAAAUCUUUAUGUGAUGGAUCUAUAUGUUGGAUAUCAGUACAAGAUUUACUAUGAACUCGAUUUCGACAAAAUGAAAUGUGUGUGGCGUGAAAAGACAGGAGAAAAAUAUGCAUGCUUUUUUAGUGGUUUGUCAUAUGUUGCUGCUAUUAUACUAAUAGAGCCGGGGUCUAACCUUCACACACAAUACAAGAGAUAUGCUAGAUAUGGUGUUACUACUAGAUCGGGAAAAGAAAAGCACUUUUAUGCAAAAAUGUGGUACUUUUUUCAUGAAUUUUUCAAUGAGUGA